AUGGUGCUGGAUAUGGAAACACAAAUCGGGAAUGCCAACAAGAUUAAACGGCGACUUGACAAAAGCGCCCUGAUCUGGGUAGUGCUGGGUAUUAUCAUUAUCGGCAUCGCGAGUGUCAAUUUGUGGUCGGUAUUUGACACCAAAUCGGAAGUACCGGUUUCUAAGAGUGCUGCCGUCAGCGUUCCAGACUUUAGCCUGACGACACAGCAGGGAGAGCCGUUAACACUGUCCGACAUGAAGGGCAAAAUUUGGGUUGCAGACUUUAUCUUCACCAAUUGCCCAACCAUUUGUCCGGCAAUGACACAGGAGAUGGCACGUCUUCAAUCCGAAUUUGUUGCAGACCCGGUCUAUUUCGUCUCCUUCUCCGUGGAUCCGGAGCGGGAUACAUCAAACGUCCUCUCGCGCUACGCAACGGCUUAUGGUGCUGACGAGAGGCGUUGGCACUUUCUUACUGGGGACAAGACGCAUAUCUACCAGUUAGCCGAAGAGGGUUUCAGUUUAGCCGCGGGACACAACGGCACCGAAAUACUUCAUAGCACGCGGUUCGUUCUCAUCACGCCGGAUGGGAACGUCUAUGGACACUAUGAUAGUCGGAGCAAACCGGCACUGCUGCGCCUACGACGGGAUGUUAACACACUUCUCGAGAAAUGA